GCCCGCCCGCCGGAGGGGAGCAGAGCCCCAUGCGCUCGAGGCUCCGGGAUGAGUAGUGCCGCGUGCGCCCCGGGGCAGAGGGACAGCCAGGCCGCCCCGCCCUGGCCCAGUGAUUGAUCAGCAGCCCUUACCGAGCCUUUUACUGGUUCGCUUGGAUGGGAAUUAAUUCUGGGAUGGAUAAAUAAUGCCUUGAGGUUGGUGUAGUCCAAGGCAAGUCGUCGGUCGGAAGCAAGGAGAGGGAGCCCGAGGGAGCCUCGCCCGCCCGUAAAGCCAGCAGCCAUGGGGGCCCGAGACGGGCAGGAGGGGCAGUUGGGCCAGAGGAAGAGAAAAGGGAAGUGGAUGACAGCAUGAUCGGCACAAGGACUCUGGACUGGCGGCUUCUGGAAUAUGCUGAGCCCAAAGAUCAGGCAAGCCAGGAGGGCCCGCUCCAAAAGCCUGGUGAUGGGGGAACAGAGCCGCAGCCCGGGGCGGCUGCCCUGCCGCCGCCAGCUGGGCCCCGUGCUGAAGGAGGGCUGGCUGAAGAAGCAGAGGAGCAUCAUGAAGAACUGGCAGCAGCGCUGGUUCGUGCUGCGUGGGGAUCAGCUUUUCUACUACAAGGACAAAGACGAGACCAAGCCCCAGGGAUUUAUUUCUCUACAAGGGACCCAGGUGACUGAACUUAUUCCUGGCCCUGAGGAUGCAGGGAAGCACCUCUUUGAGAUCAGUCCAGGUGGUGCUGGGGAGCGGGAGAAGGUGCCGGCCACCCCCGAGGCGCUCCUGCUCAUGGCCAGCUCCCAGCGUGACAUGGAAGACUGGGUGCAGGCCAUCCGCCGGGUCAUCUGGGCCCCACUUGGCGGAGGUACUGCCCGUAGAUCGCAUGCUCACCCUCUAGAACCCUUGCCUUCAGGGAUCUUUGGGCAGCGCCUGGAGGACACAGUCCACCACGAGCGGAAGUAUGGCCCCCGCCUGGCCCCCCUGCUGGUGGAGCAGUGUGUGGACUUCAUCCGGGAACGUGGGCUCACCGAGGAGGGGCUCUUCCGCAUGCCCGGCCAGGCCAACCUGGUGAGGGACCUGCAGGAUUCCUUCGACUGUGGGGAGAAGCCACUGUUUGACAGCACAACAGAUGUGCACACGGUGGCCUCUCUGUUGAAGCUCUACCUGCGGGAGCUCCCCGAGCCCGUGGUCCCCUUCGCCAGGUACGAGGACUUCCUCAGCUGUGCCCAGCUGCUCACCAAGGACGAGGGGGAGGGGACUCUGGAGUUGGCUAAACAAGUGAGCAGCCUUCCCCUGGCCAAUUACAACCUGCUCAGAUAUAUCUGCAAGUUUCUGGAUGAAGUCCAGUCCCACUCGAAUGUCAACAAGAUGAGUGUCCAGAACCUGGCAACUGUUUUUGGACCCAACAUACUUCGGCCACAGAUAGAAGACCCGGUAACCAUCAUGGAAGGCACUUCUCUGGUCCAGCACCUGAUGACCGUCCUGAUCCGUAAACACUGCCAACUCUUCACUGCGAGGGCCGAGGAAGGGCUAGCCUCCCCGCGUGGGGGCCCACCGUGCACAGUGGGAUGGGGCUCCGAGGAGGUCCCGAGGGAUGGCCAGCCAGAACCCAGCAGCCCCAGCAGCCCUGGCCUGCCAUCACACAGGACCUCGUCUCUGGAUGGGGCCACUGUGGCAGCGCUGUCUAGAACCUCCCCCACGGGCCUGGGUAGCCGAGGCAGCCCUGCCACCACCAGCCCUGGGAAGAAAGUGCAGACUCUGCCCAGCUGGAAGUCUUCUUUCUGGCAGUCAGGGUCCCGUUCGGGGAGCCCGAAGGUGGGCAGCUCAUCCCUGGAGGUGCCCAUCAUCUCCUCCGGAGGGAACUGGCUCAUGAACGGGCUGUCCUCCCUGCGCGGCCACCGCCGGGCCUCCUCGGGAGAAAGGCUCAAGGACUCAGGCUCUUCGCAGAGACUCUCCACUUACGACAAUGUGCCCCCGCCCAGCGGCCUCUUUGCCAGCACCCCCAGUGUGGCCAGCACAGCGUGGUCAGGGGCCUCCUCUUGCGAGGCGUCGGCCAGGGGCUCGGUCAGCAGCUGCACGGCCUGCCGGGCCAGCGACUCGUCCGCCUGCAGCUCCCUGCAUACCGAGGGGGCCCUCGAGCCUUCCCCCUUCCCCAGUAGCAGUGAGGGCCGUAGAUCCCCGGACCUGGGCCCUGGCCUGGACGAGGUGGGCACCUGCAUCAGCAGCAGCGAGCCCAGCGACCCAGGCAGCCCCCCGCAGGACUAUGCUCGCUGCUCUGAGGCUCUCCAGGGCCUGGUCACGGAGCUCAGGGCGGAGCUGUGCCGGCAGAGGACUGAGUACGAGACCAGUAUAAAAAGACUCGAAGAAGGUAGUGCCAACCUGAGGAAACGAAUGUCACGGCUAGAAGAACAACUGGACCAGGAAAAGAAAAAGUACACAAUGCUGGAAAUAAAGCUGAGGAACUCAGAGCGGGCGCGGGAAGACGCGGAGAAGAGGAACCAGCUGCUGCAGAAGGAAAUGGAGGAGUUUUUUUCAACCCUGGGAAGCCUGACUGUAGGGGCAAGAAGUGACAAAGCCCCAAAGUGAAGGAGUAGAAAGAGCUCCCGUCCAUAGGGUGCUCGCCCGCCUCUGAGCAGAGAUGGCUGCCAGCCUCACAAGGAGCCACAAGGCUCUGCAGCUUGGACAUGGGCUUCAGUGGUGCCAGGAGCUCUGGAGCCAGCUGGAGGGAGGAGUCCUGAUGCCCCCAGGGGGGACUGUUGGGAGCCCAAACCCCACAUGGGAUCUGGAUGCUGUUCCAACCAUGCAGGGCCUGGCAGGUGUCUCGUGACCACCAAAACAGAUGGCACCUGGGAUCUGAGUAGCCCACUGGGCUACUUUUUUGCAUUCGUUAUUAAAUUUGCUACCAUAGCGUGAUGUCUGGAUGCCUGACUCCUUUAUGGUCAUGUAGAAUGGGGGUUACCAAGUUGCUCACAGGGUUGGAAGUCCCCAAGGUGUGCCAUGGGUGGAAUGGCCUAGGCUUCAGAAGUGGGUUGUGAAGCUCCUCGAGGAACACCCAGUGUUGUCACAGUCACUGAAGCUGGAUUUAUGCAAAUCUAUGUUUUGCUCCAUGUUCCCUGUGCCCAAGGCAAGACGAUUUUCCUCAGUCAGGCCUGCCUUCCCCCUCUGAGCCACCUGGGCCUCUGCAGCUGGUAUCUGGCCUGGAAUUCCUCUCAAGCCUUCCACCAUAACCUGCUUGCCUUUGCUUGGCCCCACAUCUGCUCCAGGGCCAGAGCCCCUGAGUCAGAGCUCAGCAUGGGCACUCUAUACCUCACUUCUGCACCCGGGUGUGCGUGGGGGCACAGUGGGUGUUUGAAGGAAAAGAGAGCCACAGGGACGGGAAGUGCCCAUUCUCUGUCCUCCAGGCGCCCCUCAGGCUGGGUGCCGUUUCCCUGCAGAGUCCCCUUCGAGCUAGUGCUAGUCCCUCUCCCUUCCAUGCCCAUUUUACCUUCUUUAGCUCAUCCUCAGACUUCAAGCCUCCAUCAGGGCAGAGCUUUCAACCAAGUGUUUACCUGGCCACCACCACACAUGUGCAGGCCUGGGCCAGAGCUCCUAGGGAUGGGACUUAGGGAGCAACAAAGGAGUGGCCUCUGAGCGGAGAGGACCGGCAUUGCUUCACUUACUCCUGCUGACAGUGUCCUUACAUAUCACCUCUUGCUAACCUGAGCACCAAAGUGCCCCAAUUUCUGAUCACUAUCUCUGGAAAAGUCCCUCAGGCCCAACCACCCAUCCACCUAGAGUCGGGUAUAAAC